AUGACGUUUAAAAAAUUAGUAGAUUUUAAACUGGAUUAUGCUCCACAAUAUCAUGUAUCUAAAUAUAUAUCUCAGAAAUCCGGACUUCAAUUAGUUCAUGUCAAUCAUUCAUCCUCUCCAUUAGUUCAAGGUUAUUUUGCAGUCGCAACUGAGUGUCCAAAUGAUUCUGGCUGCCCCCACACUUUAGAACAUUUAAUAUUUAUGGGCUCAAAGUCUUAUCCUUACAAGGGUCUAUUAGAUACUGCUGGUAAUUUAUGUAUGUCAUCAACGAAUGCUUGGACCGCUACCGAUCAAACUGUAUAUACUCUAACAACUGCUGGGUGGAAAGGUUUUAAGACUUUAUUACCAGUAUACUUAGAUCAUUUAUUAUUUCCAACGUUAACAGAUGAAGCUUGUAUAACAGAAGUUCACCAUAUAGAUCCUGAAACUUUAACUGAUAAAGGUGUUGUUUAUAGUGAAAUGGAUGCAAUUGAAAAUCAAAGUUGGUUUGUUACGAUGCUAGAGAAACAAAGAUUGAUGUUCAAAGAAGGUAGUGGUUAUAGAUCUGAAACUGGUGGUUUAACUGAAAACUUGAGAGAUUUAACAAAUGAAGAAAUUAGAGAAUUUCAUAAGAACUUAUAUUGCCCGGAAAAUUUAUGUAUUAUUGUUUGUGGUAAUGUUCCAGAAGAUGAAUUGUUAUCAAUUGUCGAAGAUUGGGAUAUUAAUUUACCUGUAGCAAAUCCAAAUCAUAAAAGACCGUUUGUCGAUUCAAAAGAUUCACAGAUCUCAGAUAAAAGACCUAAAACUAUUGAAUCAACAAUCGAAUUCCCGGAAUUGGAUGAAUCUCAAUCUGAAAUACUAUUUUCAUGGGUAGGUUGUGAUUUUCACGACUAUAUUGAUGAUUUAGGUGUUUCAUUAAUGCUUGAUUACUUUACAGAAUCUGCUUUAGCUCCAUUUACCAAAGAACUUGUUGAAAUUGAUGAUCCAUUUGCUAACUCGACUGAUUACUGGACCGAUGACUUUACUAAGACUAUAGUUAAUUUAGGUAUUCAUGGUGUACCAACUGAGAAAUUAACUGAGACAAGAGAUAAGGUUUUAAAUAUUUUAUCUACUCAUAAAUUUGAUAUGAAGAUUUUGAGGCAAGUAGUGGAUAAUGGUAAGUGGGAUUAUAUCUUAAGAUGUGAAAAAAAUGGUGAUAAUAUUAUUUCUCAAGCCGUCAUUGCCGACUUUAUUUAUGGCACUAAAGACGGACAAUCUUUGGAACGUACUUUAAAGACUAUUGAGGAUUAUGAUAUCUUAUAUUCUUGGCCUCAGGAGAAAUGGCAAACUUUAUUGAACAAUAUAUUUAUAGCCAAUAAAUCUGUCAUUGUACUAGGUAAACCAAGUGCAAAAAUGUAUGAAAAGCUAGACGAGGAAAAAGAAAAGUUAAACAAUGAAAGGAAAAAAAUAUACGAUGAGAAGAAAAGAGGAGAUUUAUUAGAAUUGUUAGAAAAUGCUAAAUCGUUUAAUGAUAAACCAAUUCCAACAUCAUUAUUGGAAAAGUUUGAAAUCAAAGAUCCUGCAAAAACGGUAAACUUUAUCACUACAAAAAGCAUUACAGUUUUACCAUCUUACAAGAAUAAUGAUCUAAAUGAUAAUUUAACAAAAGAUAUUUUAAAGUCAAAACCAAAAGAUUUCCCAUUCUUUAUGCAUUUAGAAAAUUUCCCUUCUCAAUUUAUUGAAUUGCAUACAUUAUUAAAUACUACCUCUAUUAAGGAUACAAAAUUAUUACCAUUUUAUCAUAUCUUUGACGAAUUACUUUCGAUGCCAAUGAAAGAUUCUAAUGGGGAAAUAUUAUCUUUUGAAACUGUUGUUUCACAAUUAAAAUCUGAAACUGUAGAUUCACAUAUCACCUUGGGUUUACAAGGCUCCUGCCCAGAUUUGUUAGAUUUUAGAAUUAGAUGCAAGGCUAGUGAGUAUAAGAAUGCUGUUAAAUGGAUAAAACAUUGUUUAUUUGAUAUGAUUUUUGAUGAAAACCGUGUAAGUGUUUUACUUGAAAAUUAUCUAAAUUCUAUCGUUGAAGUCAAGAGAGAAGGUAAUAUAAUGUUAGAAUCUUUAACAAAUAGAAAAUUUUACACUAAUAGAUGUAUGAAGAAGUCUGCGGAUCCAUUAUUUGUUGAAGAAAUUAUUGAGGAUAUCUUAGAAGAUAUUGAGAAUGGCAAAUUUGAAAAGGAGAUUUUACCAAGAAUAGAAACAAUGAGAUCUCAAUUAAGAGCUAACUUCCAUAAAAUGCAUAUCUUAAUCUUAGGUGAUAUUUCUAAGAUUGAAAAAGAAAUAUACGAACCAUGGUAUAAUUUAAUUAGAGAAUUAGAAAAUAUCCCAGAUAAUUAUGAUAUAAAGAUACCACCUGUCCCUAGAUUAUUAGACUCUGUUUCUUCUUUAGGCAAAAAUCCUCAAAAUAUUGCACACGUUAUCACUACUCCAGCUUCUGAAUCUUCCUAUAUGAAUAUCUUGACUUCUAUUCCAUUUGAUUUAGAUUACCACCAUGAAGAUUAUCCCGCUGUCUCAUUAGUGUCGGAAUACUUACAAUGUGUCGAAGGUCCAUUUUGGAAAGGUAUCCGUGGGUCUGGUUUAGCUUACGGAGCUAACAUGGUUAAAAUGAUUGAAUCUAAUGCAUGGGCUUUCAGCAUAUAUCGUGGUUCUGAUUUAGUAAAAUGUUAUGAAGUCGGGAAAGAUAUCAUUAGUUCUUAUGCAAAUGGAACCAACAAAUUUGAACCUCAAUUAAUCCAAGGUGCUAUUAGCAGUAUUAUCAAUCGAAUGGCAUCUAUGGAUAAAGGUUAUUUUGAAGCUGGUUUAUAUAAAUUUAUUGAUCAAUUCUUUUCAAACAGAGGGACUGAUUUUAAUAAAUUAUUUUUGGAAAGAUUAAAUGAAUUAACAGUAAAGGACUUACAAGAUACAAUUCAAAAAUACUUUUUAAAUCUCUUUGAUAGUGAAAAAAGUGUGGUUUUUGUAAGCUGUCAUCCAAGUAAUUUAGAAAUAAUCCAAGAAUUUUUAGAAAAGGAAGGCUUCACUGUUGAAGUUGAAGAAUUAGAGGAUGAUGAAGACGAAGAAUCAGAAGAUUCUGACAAAGAAGAAAAAUAA